AACCGGCAAGAUGCGGUGUAAAGUACUUGAAUAUCAGGAGAUUGCAUCUCAGGCCGUUCUUGCCCGAAUGAGGCCUAGUCACGCAAUUCGCUAGCUGCAUCAUGUGCUCCACCCCAUCCUCCACCUUAAGACUCGCGACUCACCACUCUCCAUCUUUCUCUUGUAUUUCUCCUUCCAUCGCCAUCAUGGCGUCCGAAAACACCCCACUUCUCCAGGAUCCUCCUCCAGAUUCCGUUACCAAUCAAGAUGAAACAUCUCCCUCACCAUCUCAGCGUCACGGGACCUUUGCAGCACAACUGGGGGCACUGGAUGGCUUUGCGCUCCUCAUCAGCAUCGUCAUCGGAUCUGGUGUAUUCUCAUCCCCAGGACCCGUAGAUGCAAAUGUUUCGUCUCCAGGAUUCGCGUUACUGGUCUGGUUGGUGGGCGGUAUUCUAGCGUGGAGUGGAGCAUUGACUUUCGCGGAACUGGGCACGGCUUUUCCCGGCGAAGGAGGCAUCCAACCCUAUCUCACGUACAUGUACGGCGAGUUCAUUGGAUAUCUGGCCGCAUGGUCUUGGAUAGUGGCAACUAUGCCGGCAACACUAGCGAUUCUUUGCAUUGUCUUCGUCGAGAGCAUUUACUCGUCUCUUGGAAUCAACGAACCACAACCACCCAUCACACAUAAACUUUUGUCACUUUUGGUACUCUUUGCUGUCACUGUCGCCAACAGCAUUAGCACCAAGACGAGCACGAGGCUGAGUGGAUUAUUUGUCGCGGUAAAGUUUCUUACUAUCGCGCUACUGGGAAUUGCUGGAUUGGUGGUUGUGGGGGUUUAUUUGGGGAGUGGGAAGAGUAAAGAUUUGGGUGGUGGGGACUGGCAUCAAAAAGGGUGGUACGCACCCAGAGAUACGACAAUGCCUGAUGGAAGCUCAUUUGACUGGGACAACGUAUCAGCAUGGGAUACCUUGGGUUAUUUUUCUGCUGCACUUUACGGGGCACUGUGGGGAUAUUCUGGGUGGGACAAGGCGAACUACGUUGCUGCUGAGCUUCGCGAUCCACGGAAGCAAUUGCCCCUCUCUAUCAAUACCGCUAUUCCCACAAUCAUUGCUUGCUACAUUGCAGCUAAUGCUGUCUACUAUGUACUUCUCCCUUGGAACGUUGUUUCGACGACGGAUGCGGCGGCCGUUACUGCCAUCUCUCACUUCAUCGGGAAGGUACCAGCUUACAUAGCCACAUUCCUCAUCUGCCUUGUGAUACUGGGUUCCAUCCUAGGAAACUCCUUCGUGGCCGGUCGGAUGACAGUUGCAGCGGCCAAUAAGCGCUGGAUUCCAUCUGUGUUCGCCCGUGUCGGUCAAAUAGGGACUUACAAAGUGUCCUCGUCGCCAUUCAAACUCCCUUCAUCCUCGUCCUCCAACGAAACCGCAGUGACCGAUACAUCCACCAAUCCUGGUGACGAAUCUCCGAUCAAUGCUCUUCUUCUCAGUACAGUUCUCUCUGCUGUUUACAUACUUCUCGGCAACAUGCGAAUGCUCCUUACACUCAAUGGACUUGCCGAGUACGCAUUCUUCUUUCUCACAGUAUUGGGCGCCAUUCUGCUGCGCUGGAAGCAACCUGGUCUCGAGAGGCCAGUGAAGCCAUUUAUCGCUAUCCCCGUGGUAUUUGCCCUCAUCAGCGGCUUUGUAGUGAUUAGAGGCGCUGUGUUCGCGCCCGUGCAAGCGGGUAUCUUGGUGGGCAUCUGGGCGGUCGGUGGGGUGUGGUAUGUUGUGCGAGGAAGGUUGAGGAUGUGGCUAGAACGAUAG